AUGAAUGUAGAUCUCGAGACGGUGCGGAUCAAGUCGUUGCCGGAUGAUGCGUUUUACAUAGCGGAUUUUAUCACAGAAGAGGAGGAAGAGGUGCUGUUACAAAAGAUUGCCACAGCCCCUCUGCCCCGCUGGACUCAUCUGUCCCACCGUCGUCUCCAAACAUGGCCCUCUGCCCUGACCAAGUCCAACGCCCUCAUUUCCUCUCCCCUUCCAUCCUGGCUCGUCUCACCCGUCAUCCCUCGCUUUGAGUCGCUAGGCAUAUUUGCUGAUGCCCCGCACGGGGCCCCGAACCAUGUUCUAGUGAACGAGUACCGCCCCGGACAGGGUAUCAUGCCGCAUGAAGAUGGUGCUGCUUAUUACCCGCUAGUUGCCACGGUGAGUUUGGGAGCACCGAUUGUGUUGGACUUGUACCAAAAAGGUCAGGGCCUGGACGGCGAGGACCGUAGGCCGCAGCAGCGUAUCUUGCAGGAGCGCCGAAGUUUGUUGGUUACAACCAAGGAGAUCUACACAGACUAUCUGCACGGUAUCGCGGAGACAACCAGGGAUGAAGGGCUAGGCCCUGAAUCUAUAUGUAACUGGGGUUUGUUGCGGGAACAGGUUCGAUACCAGUGUGGAUGGUUUGAAAGGGAGACUAGGAUUAGUCUGACGUAUCGCGAUGUUCUCAAGGUCGCGAAGGUGGGCAAUACGAUGAAAUUCCUGGGUGGGCGGUGA